UCCCACAUCGAUCAUUUCACUCCAAGAUGGGGGGGUGUUUCUCUAAAUGACUUUGACGCGUCCAUCGAGAAACAAGCUACGGCAAUUGCACCCUGUGGUCAUGGUGCGAUAGAUUGGACAAUGAAAUCAAAGCUAUCAAUACGUGAACAAACCGAGGCAACAAAGUACCAAACGAAGAAUCGAGCGCAGAUGUUCAACCUCUUUCCAAAAAGGUUGAUGUCACUACAGAGAGCGGCCACCUACGUCGAUAAAAGUAUUACAGAGAUCAGUCACUGGAAAGCAGAAGUUCAAGCUCUACCCACCAAGUGUCAGGGUGUCCUCGAGCCAGAGGUCAAUACUAUGAAUGCAAAGUACCAGGCCCUUUCUACAAAGAUUGACAAUAGUCUCAAUGACAGCCCACCAGCUGUCAACCGGGGUCUUGCUAUUGGACUAUCUCUUGGUCUAGGCAUUCCUCUAACCAUAGCUAUUGUUUUCCUGUGUUCCAUGUGGAUUCAUCGCAGGUAUGAUUUCUACGGGCUUUCUUCUGAGAGGGAUGGCUAA